AUGGCGUCUGUCACGUCCCUCGACGGCGACCUGCGCAAAAUGCGCCUCGACAAAUACACGCCAGGCGCCGCGCGUGAGGCUCGUUCUUGGAUCGAGGGCGUUCUCGGCGAGCAGCUGGCCGCCGGGGACCUGCUCGAUGCGCUCAAAGACGGCACCGCCCUCUGCCGCCUCGCCAACCUGGCCAUCCCGCCGCCCGGCAUCCGCUUCAAGCAGUCCGCCAUGCCCUUUGUGCAGAUGGAGAACAUCUCCCAUUUCCUACGCGCCUGCCAAGCGCCGCCGCUCAAUCUACAACAGCACGACUGCUUCCUGACCGUCGACCUGUACGAGGCCAAGGAUCCCGCCCAGGUGCUGCAGUGUCUCGGUGCCUUUAGCCGCGCCGCCAACCGCGUCAACCCCUCCGCCUUCCCGACCGCCAUCGGCCCUCGUUCAGGCAACGCCGCCAACCGCAACAGUGUCUCGAGCCCGCAGAACACAGGCUACGGCGCCUCGGGAACGACACCCGCCAGCCCGCCCGGGCGCGGCACGACACCCACGAGCGGCCGCCCCAUGUCCUCCAUCUACACGGGUCGCACUCCGCUUGCGCCCACCCGCACCGGCGAGGGCUCGGUGGCCGGCCGCUGGAGCCCUACCAAGGCCAACGACUCGUCGAACCGUGAACGCAGCACCAGUCCCGGCAAGAGCCCGACGAAUACGAGCAGCUGGAGCAAGCGGGAACUCGAGGGAUCGACCGCGCCUGCCUGGAACAUUGCCCAGUACGGCUACAUGGGCGGCGCCAGCCAGGGCAAUUUGGGCAUCUCCUUUGGCGGCCGCCGCCAGAUUACGAGCGCCGGUCCGUCUGUGCCCAACGCGGCCGAAAAGGAACGCCUGCGUCGAGAGAAGGAGGCCGAAGAGGCGCGCCUGAAGGAAGAGGAGGAAGAGCGCCAGCGCGCCGAGCAGGAGGCCGAGGAGGAGCGCGCGCGCCAAGAAGAGCAGCUGCGCUGGGAAGAGGAGACGCGCCGCCAGCGCCAAGAGAAGAAGCGCAAGGCCGAGGAGGAAAAGCGCAAGUGGGAAGAGGAGGAGCGCCAGUGGAAGCUGACCGAAGAGGCGCGCCUGCGUGAAGAGGAAGAGGCCGAGGCACGCCUGGCCGAGGAGCGGGAGCAGCGUCUGCGCAACAGCAACAGCAACAAGAGCGCGAGCGGCAGCAGGCCUGGCGGCGCCGGCGACCCGCGCCUGCACGGCCAGUUCCUCAGCCAGUACCAAGCCGACCAGGCACAGGACACCGCCCCCGACGCCUACAGCAACCGCGUACGCGAACUCGAAAAGGAGCUGGAGCUGGCACGCCAGCGCGAGCAAGCCUACGAGCAGGAGCGCCAGGGACGCUCCUCCGGCCGGCCGGCCGCAGGCGGAUACGACGACGACCGUGCCCGCUCCAAGUCGCGCGGGGCUCGUUCACGCAGCCGGCCACGGGCUGCCAACCCAAACCUCCAGGUCAGCCCCCCCGUUCGCCAAGAGUCGUGGUCGAAGAACGACAAGGAAGUUCUGCGAACACCACGCAGCCAGAGUCGACACCGGUUUGCCGAUGCAGAGCCGCAACAGCAACCAGAAUCUGACUUGAGUCCACCGCAGCACCACGGCGACGGCGACGGCGACGACGAUAUUAUGCCUCGCUCUGGACCGCAAUCCUACCGCCAGCAGAGCAACCCACACGCACCACCACCAUCCAAGUCGCCUCGGCCACUGCCCGAUCCGCGGUCACACUACCAGCAGCAACAGCAGCAGCAACAGCAGCAGCAGCAACCGCAGCCGCAGCUGCCGCCUCGCCUCCAGAACCAAAGGACAGGGGAGCACCAGCAACAGUACCAGCAACCGCCGCCGCCUCAGCAGCAGCAACAGCAACAGCAGUCGGGUCCCACCGGCUUCUUCCAAAAGAUCCGGACCCACCGUACCGGCGAGAAGAACCCGCCGUCGAACGAGAACGUAAACAAUUCGGGCGCCAGCAGCCCGCUGCGUGCCCAGCGGACCGGCGAAGGGCCCAACAAACUGACUAAGAGUCACGGCCGCCCGCUGCCCGACCCGUCAUCCUACGCAUCUGCACCCCAGCGGCCUACCCUGCCGCCCCGUCAGCAGCAACAGCCGCAACAGCAGCAACAACAGCAACAGCCCCUUCAGCAACAACCGCCGCAGCCGACGUAUGCGCGCGAGCUGCUCGGCGGAGGUGUGGCCGAGCACGAUGCCGAGGACCGUCGCCGCCGCCAGCAGGCGUACAACCCGUUGCAGCAGCAGCAGCCGCUCAUGAAGCAGAGGCAGCCGUUUAGGAACGCGCCUCCUGCGAACAGCAAUAACAACACCUCGGGUUCGGGUGCUGGCGGUCGCCCUGCAGCGGGCAAGUCGCUGCUGGAGCGUGAGAUGGAACUGGAGCGCCAGCGCCAGCGCGAGUGGGAAGAGGCCCAAAAGGCGACGGCAGCGGCGCCGCGCCAGGCGAACAACGUCGACGGCAUCGAUGGCCACUGGGACGUCAACCAAUGGAGCGGCUACACCGGCGGAGACGGCCAGAACCGCGGCAGCCAGGGGAUCGGUGCAGGGCGGCGCCAGAUUGUCGGCCCGAGGCCGUUGCCAGGGCAGAGAUAG